AUGGAGGCAAAUGUAUUCAAAAAGACACAUGUGAUUGCCCGAAAGGAUAUUUUGGGCGAAGAUGCGAAUAUUGUAACAAAAUGUGUAAUUCCAUGUUUGAAUGGAGGAAAAUGUAGAGGAGCUAAUAAAUGCAGGUGUAAUUUUGGAUUUAAAGGAAAUCAUUGUGAAAUAGACAAUAGAGUUUCUCAAAGGAGUUUAUGCAAACAAUGCAGACAUGGUCUUUGCCAAUCAGAUAACACUUGUAUGUGUGAUCCAGGGUGGACUGGAAAAAAGUGCCAGAGAAAAGUUAUUUUUACCAGAAGCUUAGAAAAUACUUGA